UCUUCUCCCGAGCAUUUUCACCGCAUCUUACUCUCAACAUGGCACCCCAACAAGAGUACACCAUUGAACAGGUCGCUGCCCAUAACAAUGAAGAGAGCUUGUGGAUCAUUGUAGACGGUCGAGUUUAUGACUUGACAAAUUUUGCCGACUUGCAUCCUGGUGGUUUGACAGUCUUGCUGGAGGUUGCGGGCAAAGAUGCCACGCAGGAGUUCUACGGUUUGCAUCGCCAGUCUGUACUCGCCAAGUUUGGCCCGAAAUAUGAAAUUGGAACUGUCAAGGGUGUGAAAUCCAAGAUCGUACUUCAAAAGCCCGGUGACAUCAGCAAGGUUCCUUAUGCAGAGUCCAGCGCUUGGCAAGGGUUCUACUCUCCUUAUUACAACGAAUCCCACUUUAGGUUCCGUGCGGCCGUCCGAGAAUUCAUACAAAAGGAGAUCGUACCCGAUGCUGCUGUAAAUGAAGAGUCGGGCACCAUUGCUGACCAGGAGCUUUUCGAAAAGAUGGGUUCAUUCAACUUGUUGGCCUGCCGUAUGGGCCCUGGUCCCCACCUCAACGGAAGAACACUUCCCGGAGGUGUCAAGCCAGAGGAGUUUGACUACUUCCAUGAAAUGAUUGCCCACGAGGAAAUUGGCACUCUUGGUGCUCCUGGAUUCCAGGACUCGGUGGCCACCGGAAUGGUUAUCGGUUUACCUCCCGUCCUUCAUUUUGCAACCAAGAACGUCAAGGAAAAGGUUGUUAACGAAGUUUUGAGUGGGAAGAAGAGAAUCUGUCUUGCAAUCACCGAAGCUACUGCUGGUUCCGACGUUGCAGCUAUCCGCACGACGGCAAAAAAGUCCCCUUGCGGCAAGUACUACAUUGUAAACGGUACCAAAAAGUGGAUUACCAACGGUACAUUCUGCGACUAUUUCUCGACGGCUGUUCGUACCGGUGACGGACCUGGUGGCAUUUCCAUGUUGUUGAUCGAGCGCAGUGAAGGCUUGGAGACAAAGGCCAUCAAGACUUCUUACUCCGCUGCUGCUGGCACGGCAUAUAUCACCUUUGAGAAUGUCAAAGUUCCUGUUGAAAACCUCCUUGGCAAGGAGGGCCAAGGUUUCCAGGUUAUCAUGUAUAACUUCAACCAUGAGCGUUGGUUUAUCGUUGCAACCGUCACGCGUAGCAUCAGGCUGGUAAUCGAGGAAUGCUUCAAGUGGGCUCAGCAGCGACUAGUCUUUGGCAAGCCAUUGAUCGAGCAACCUGUGAUCAGAGCCAAGUUGGCCCACAUGAUCUCUGAAACCGAAGCCGUCCAUAACUGGCUCGAAAACCUCACUUACCAGAUGACGAGAAUGUCGUACAACGAAGCGUCCAUCAAACUCGGAGGACCAAUUGCUCUUCUCAAGCUCCGUUGCACGCGUGUUGCCCAUAACGUUUCCGAUGAAUCAUGCCAAAUCUUUGGUGGUCGUGCCAUUACAAAGACGGGAAUGGGUAGAAUAAUCGAAGGCUUCCAACGAACCUACAAAUUUGCCGCUAUUCUUGGUGGAAGUGAGGAAAUUAUGGCUGAUUUGGGAGUUAGGCAAGCCAUGAAAUUUUACCCCAAGACUGCAAAGCUGUAGAUGAGAUUCAGAUAGUCCCAGACUCUUUAAGCUAAUCAAGACGUCAUAUCUUUGAAAGGCAUCGCUUACUGUUGUGCAUGUUUAAUGGAUGCAUUUUUGCUGAAUCGCAUGUAGUAUCAUUGUUUUUACACUCGCAUGAUCUAAUGCAGUUGUUCACGUAGGCGGCAGAAUGGCCUAGUCUUCAUA